CUCUGUGAGUGCUAGUGCGUUGCGACCGAAUCCGGCAGGAGGGGAAAGUGGCGCUUGCUUCUAUUCGUCCUCGUCUGCGAUCUCCGUCCAUCCAGCCGUCGCGGCGCAGCCAGGAGACUGCGAGCGGUGUAGAUCUGUGCGUUACGAGAUGAAGAUUACCGCGCUCCUGGUGGUGAAGCCGUCGACCUCGGGCGCCGGAAGCUCCUCGUCCGGCGGCGGGUCGGGCCCGGAGGCGGUGGUGCUCGCGAACGCGACGGACGUGAGCCACUUCGGCUACUUCCAGCGCAGCGCCGCCCGCGAGUUCAUCGUCUUCGUCGCCCGAACCGUCGCGCAGCGUACCCAGCCCGGCCAGCGGCAGUCCGUCCAGCACGAAGAGUACAAGGUCCACUCACACAACAGAAAUGGUCUUUGUGCGGUGGCAUUCAUGGAUGAUCACUAUCCUGUACGAAGUGCAUUUUCUCUUCUGAAUAAGGUUCUUGAUGAGUACCAGAAGGAUUUUGGGGACUCUUGGAAAUCUGCUACUGCAGAUGGAACUCAACAGUGGCCUUUCCUGACAGAUGCUUUGACAAAAUUUCAGGACCCUGCAGAAGCUGACAAAUUAAUGAAAAUCCAGAGGGACUUGGAUGAAACAAAGAUCAUCCUACAUAAAACUAUUGAGAGUGUCCUUGAGAGAGGAGAGAGACUGGAUAGCUUGGUUGAGAAAAGCUCCGAUCUGAGUGCUGCUUCGCAGAUGUUCUACAAACAAGCAAAGAAGACAAAUCAAUGCUGCACUAUACUAUAAACUCCGUCAUGUCAGUCAUGGUUGCAAAGAGCCAGAAGAAACAAAAACGACCAAUAUUGUAUGAAUCUACUGUAAGUUAAAUUUCUCGUGAAGCGUGGUUACAAGACUCGAGGUUGAUGCUGUUGGGUUCAUGUUAGGGAGGCAGCGAUUUUCCCUGAAUCCCCAGAAUUUGGUUGUUUACAUGUGAAAAUUGCUGUGUACCGUAAUUCUUGGUGAUCAUUCAACCUUGUAGAACCCACUAACAUCAUUUAUUGUACUAUAAGGCUUUGCCGCAAACCGCUGAAAUCACAUACAUCUUUGUUUC